CAUGCUGCCCCAGACGCCUUGGGGACAGGCGAGAGGACAGGCUUAAGGAGCUGUAUUGUGGGGAGGACUGGGGCAAGCAGGCCAAGGCCUGGCCAGGGGAGGGAGCAUGGAGCCAUCUGAGUCCCAGAGGCGUAGGGGCGAACAAAGCUGGUGGGGUAGUGCCCCCCAGUACCAGUAUAUGCCCUUUGAACACUGCACCAGCUACGGACUGCCCUCUGAGAAUGGGGGCCUUCAGCACAGGCUCUGGAGGGAUGCAGGCCACCAUCCUAACGCCCACCCCACACAGAUUUAUGGCCAUCACAAAGAGCAAUUCUCAGACAAGAAGCAGGACAUGGGGAUGCCCAAGAAGACAGACUCCAGUGCUACCAUGGACAGCAAGGAUGAGGAUCACUCUUCCAAAUGUCAAGAUUGUAUCCACCGCCUGGAACUCGUGGUGAGAAGAAAAUUAGGGGAAGACUGGAUCUUUUUGGUGCUUCUGGGACUACUUAUGGCUCUGGUUAGCUGGAGCAUGGAUUACGUCAGUGCCAAAAGUCUUCAGGCCUACAAGUGGACCUACUACCAGAUGCAGCCCAGCCUGCCUCUCCAGUUCCUGGCCUGGGUCACCUUCCCACUUAUUCUCAUCCUCUUCAGCGCCCUCUUUUGCCACCUCAUCUCCCCCCAGGCUGUUGGCUCUGGAAUCCCUGAAAUGAAGACAAUUCUUCGUGGGGUUGUCCUGAAGGAAUACCUCACCCUCAAGGCCUUCGUAGCCAAGGUUGUUGCCCUGACUGCGGGGCUGGGCAGUGGCAUUCCUGUGGGGAAGGAGGGCCCUUUUGUCCACAUCGCCAGCAUUUGCGCUGCCGUCCUCAGCAAGUUUAUGUCGGUGUUCUGUGGGGUAUAUGAGCAGCCGUACUAUUACACUGAUAUGCUGACGGUGGGCUGUGCUGUAGGAGUUGGCUGUUGUUUUGGGACACCACUUGGAGGAGUGCUAUUUAGCAUCGAGGUCACCUCCACCUACUUUGCCGUGCGGAACUACUGGCGAGGCUUCUUUGCAGCCACAUUCAGUGCCUUUGUUUUCCGCGUGCUAGCGGUGUGGAACAAGGAUGCUGUCACCAUCACUGCUCUCUUCAGAACCAAUUUCCGAAUGGAUUUCCCCUUUGACCUGCAGGAACUUCCAGCCUUUGCCAUCAUCGGGAUUUGCUGUGGGUUCCUGGGAGCUGCAUUUGUGUAUGUGCAUCGCCAAGUCAUGCUCGGUGUCCGAAAGCACAAGGCCCUCAGCCAGUUUCUUGCAAAGCACCUCCUGCUGUAUCCUGGAAUCGUUACCUUUGUCAUCGCCUCAUUCACCUUUCCACCAGGAAUGGGUCAAUUCAUGGCUGGAGAGUUGAUGCCUCGUGAAGCCAUCAGUACCCUGUUUGACAACAAUACGUGGGUAAAACAUGUAGGUGACCCUGAAAGCCUGGGCCAGUCAGCUGUGUGGAUCCACCCACGGGUCAACGUUGUCAUCAUCAUCUUCCUCUUCUUUGUCAUGAAGUUCUGGAUGUCCAUCGUGGCCACCACUAUGCCCAUACCCUGCGGAGGCUUCAUGCCUGUGUUUGUGCUAGGAGCUGCAUUUGGAAGGCUGGUAGGAGAGAUCAUGGCCAUGCUAUUCCCUGAUGGCAUCUUGUUUGAUGGCAUCAUCUACAAGAUCCUACCUGGGGGCUAUGCAGUAAUUGGAGCAGCAGCACUGACUGGCGCAGUGUCCCACACAGUCUCCACCGCUGUGAUUUGCUUCGAAUUAACUGGUCAGAUUGCUCACAUCCUACCCAUGAUGGUGGCUGUUAUCUUGGCCAAUAUGGUGGCUCAGAGCUUGCAGCCCUCCCUCUAUGACAGCAUCAUCCAGGUCAAGAAGCUACCCUACUUGCCUGACCUUGGUUGGAACCAGCUCAGCAAAUUUACAAUCUUUGUUGAGGACAUCAUGGUACGUGAUGUGAAGUUCGUUUCAGCUUCUUGCACAUAUGGGGAGUUGAAAACUCUGCUCCAGACCACCACAGUCAAGACUUUACCACUGGUUGAUUCAAAAGAUUCAAUGAUCCUGCUGGGCUCUGUGGAGCGGUCAGAACUGCAGUCCCUCCUGCAGCGCCACCUGUGUCCUGAGCGGAGGUUGCGGGCAGCCCAGGACAUGGCAAGGAAGCUGUCGGAGCUGCCUUAUGAUGGGAAGGCGCGGCAGACCCGGGGUGGGCAUCGCAGCAUCUCAUCCCAGGGCCGACCUGAGUCCUUUGCCUUUGUGGAUGAGGAUGAAGAUGAGGACCUCUCUGGGAAGCCCGAGGUGCCUCCUCUUCCUCCUCCUCACCCCUUUCCUACUGCUCCGUUGGCCUCGGAAGAGCCCAAUGGGCCCCUGCCCAGCCACAGACAGCAGCCAGAAGCGCCAGAGCCUGCAGGUCCAAGACCCUCCAUCUUUCAAUCUCUGCUGCACUGUUUGCUGGGCAGAGCUCGCCCCAAAAAGAAGAAAACAACCCAGGAUUCAACGGAUUUAGUGGAUAACAUGUCACCUGAAGAGAUUGAAGCCUGGGAGCAGGAGCAGCUGAGCCAGCCUGUCUGUUUUGACUGCUGCUGUAUUGACCAGUCUCCCUUCCAGCUGGUGGAGCAGACGUCCCUGCACAAAACUCACACGCUGUUCUCGCUCCUUGGCCUCCACCUUGCUUAUGUGACCAGUAUGGGGAAGCUCAGGGGUGUGCUGGCCCUGGAGGAGCUGCAGAAGGCCAUUGAGGGGCACACCAAGUCUGGGGUGCAACUCCGCCCUCCUCUUGCCAGCUUCAGGAAUACAACUUCAAUUCGAAAGAAUCCUGGGGGCCCGCCCCCUCCCACAGAGGCGUGGAGCCUGCCUGAGGAUGGAACUAGGGCCACUGAGGCAGAUGAUGUGCCUCCUGCCUCCCCAGAGACCCCUGUGCCACCCCCCUCCCAAGAGCACCCCCUCUCCCUGGCUCCAGCCAAGGUGGAGAGUGACCUGGAGGAGCUGGAGCUGGUGGAGAGUCCGGGGCCAGAAGAGGAGCUGGCUGACAUCUUGCAGGGCCCAAGUCUUCGGUCCACAGAUGAGGAAGAUGAGGAUGAAGUGAUCCUUUGACCACCCCCGGACCUCUUCAUGCAGACUGUCAAGAGGCCUGGGCCAGAGGACAGAUUUGUGUGGGAGAGGGUAUGUCCUGAUGUUGGAGAGAUCACAACAAUAUCCUGGUGCCUCCUGGGCAUUUUAAAAUGUGAUAGUGACAGUCUUAGAAGAGGAGUCAGAAUUUGGGCAGAGAGUAGCCUCGGUCAAUUAUUUAGGCCAUGUCCUCCCAUCCCCAGGACACGCAGGUGGUUCUAACCCCAGUGAAGGGCCCCUGAUACUCUGUGGGGCUUCCUGAGUAUUCCUGGAGUGUGGGUAGGGAAUACCCUGCCUAUCUCUGCCUCCCCUCACUCCCCCAUGAUGCCCCAGAGUUCUCAUCCCAGUGCCUUCCUGGCCUUGCCUACCUGUCUGUCAGUUUCCACAGGGGUUGGGUCAAGGGAGGCCCGGAAUGACUGUGGCCCUG